GUUGUCCUUCAUGUGGUUUCACGCAGCUUAGGAAAACAGUAUGCUGUUCUUCUGGAGCCUGUUGUCUCUAGCCAUUGGGCUGGCUGCGUCGCAGCAGACACCUCAGACUGGAUCGAAUCUUGCGGAGCUCCUACAAUCGAUGCCAUCUUGUGGACUGCAAUACUUGUCAACUGCUAUUGCUGCUUCGCCUUGCCUGGCCACGGACACGGAAUGCAGCUGCUCCAAUGCUACGAUUACUGCUGAAGUGAAUCAAUGCGUUACGACAAGCUGCACGAUCCGAGAACAGCUCAGGACAAAGAACACCACCGAGACGAUAUGCGGUCAUCCCGUACGCGAUGAGACACGUAUAGUAUCUUACGCAGGCGUGAUCGGCUGUGUCAUUGCUUUCGUCGCAUUCGUACUUCGCAUGCUGUCGAAGAUAUCCUUCCCGUGCGAGGGCGCAUUGAAAGUGGUCAACAAUCUUUGGUGGGACGACGCGAUUGCGAGCUUUGCUAUGGCGGAGAUUAUUGCAAUAAGUGUACUAUCAGUCGAACUGGCCAACCUGGGACUGGGCAAAGACAUCUGGACGCUACCUCCAUACAACAUCACACAGAUCUUGAAGAUCUACUACUUCGACGAAGACCUUUACCUUACGGCAUUACCAUUGAUCAAGAUCUCGAUCCUGCUCACGUACCUCAGGGUCUUUACGUCGAAGAAUUUCAAGAUCAGUGUAUACAUCGUAAUCGGACUUAAUCUUGCAUACGGCAUAGCGUUCCUACUGGUCUCAAUUUUCCAGUGUCUACCAAUCCACUGUGCAUGGACAAGAUGGGACGGAUCGGAUCCGACAUGCAAGUGCAACGACAUUAAUGCUCAAGGCUGGACAUCCGCAGCAUUUAACGUGAUUCUGGAUGUCUUGACGCUAAGUCUUCCUUUGCCGAUGCUUUGGAAGAUGUCCCUCAACAAGCGCAAGAAGUUCCUCGUGAUGAUGAUGUUCUCGGUGGGCUUCUUUGUCACCAUCGUCUCAAUCAUUCGAUUACAGGUCCUGGUUCAAUUCGGUCACUCACAAAAUACCACCUGGGAUUAUCGAAGUGUCGGCUACUGGAGCACAAUCGAAUUGCAUGCGAGCGUCCUUUGCGCCUGUAUGCCGGCAAUCAGGAAUCUGAUUCGCAAAUUCCAACCCCGACUGAUGGGAUCGAGCGUGGAAGAGUCUUUCGGUACCAAGGGCAUCUCCGCAGGUCGAUCUCGAAACAGCGAACUCGAGAUCGGACCCAAGACACCGCAGGUACAGGUCUUUCCGAGGAAGCGAGAUCCAGAUGAACAGGACUUUAUUCCUUUGAACGACGUACACGGAGUUGCAGAGACAACGAGCACAGGACAGACAUAUGGACACCGGUCCAACAUGUCCGAUUUCCAAUUCUUCGAAGAGGGGAAACCUGAUCCGACGCUCGAAAGGCCGGUCUCGCCUCUCGACUACAGGAGAUAAAUCGAAUGGGACGAUCGCGACGGAAUUCGAAGGCGUUCGGACAAAAUGUAAUGAGUAGCGGCGUUCUAUGGAGUUUCACGAGCAGAACAGGAUACAUGGCAAGCCAGAAAUCGCAACCAGUGCCAGACAACAGAUACCCAGAGGCAUAUAUUGCGAAUUUUGGCAACUUUGAAGCUCUUGAUCCAUUUUUCGCCAGUUUUGUCGAGAGUACAGCUUCGCAGAGCAGCGGACCGGUACAUCACAGCAUGUGGGUUCAUCUAGCGACCACGCGGCCAUGACGAUUAUUCACUCAAAGCUGGGAACUGCGCACGAGCAAAAAACCACAAAAAGAUCUGCAAGCCUCAUUUUGGCCUUGGCUAAGACCCACCGCUAUAGCGUCUUUCUAGCCUGGGGAGAGAACUUCGGCGAUAACUCCUAACGCAUUGAAGACCUUGUUUGUGCCUGCAGAAGCGCGUGUAAGCGAGCUAUAGUCGCUUGCAUCCUAUUGCCCUAGUUUAGGAUGACGAGUGUUGAUAACGAUCAGCAAUCCUGGAGUUCGGCAAGAGAGUGAGCACAGCAUAAUUUACGGCCCGUGAGACUGAUCCUGGCUGGCGAUGGACCCCGGUAGAUGGCUUUACGCGAAGGGUCACCACGUUGUUUGCUCCGAGAAAGUGCGAUAAAGCCCAAUUUA